GGCACACUGGCUUAGUUGCUCCGUGGCAUGUGGGAUCUUCCUGGGCCAGGGCUCAAACCCCUGUGUCCCUUGCAUUGGCAGGCAGAUUCUUAAACACUGUGCCACCAGGGAAGCCCCUGGCUGCUUGUUUUUGUUGGAGAUCCGUAAGAGAUCCAUAGAUCUUUUUCUGGGAUGUUUGAUUCUCCAGAAUAUAAACUUACAAACUCCUGCCCCUUGGGUGGGGGAGGGCAAGCUGGGAAUAGACUGACAAUAGGCCUGGCUGCAGGAUUUCUGGGGCUCAGGCAAAGCACCAUUCAACAGGCAGAGUUCAGUUCCCCUUUGGUCAGUACCAUAACUUGACCCUCUAUAUUUACAUCCUGGACUCUGAAGCCUCUCUUGCUCCUUUUCUUUUUUCAAGAAAAGAACCUAUCUCCCAACAGGUAAGGAUAGUCACCUAAUGGAUUUCUAACUGAACCUCAUACAGAUUUUCAAACAGUCCACCGUUCUGUGAUACCUGGUGGUUCUUAAUUCUUGUGGCUUUUCAGCCUUCUCUGGGGACAUCAGUUGUCCAUCUUACAGGAAUAUGAUUCUUCCUCUAAGUAAUUUACUAUGUACUCUUCUGUGUGCAUUCAGUCUUCAUAAAUUGUGGUUUGAAAUUAUGGUUAUCUCCUAGUAUAAUCAAAGACGAUGUUUUUGCUUGUUUUCCCUCUCAUUUUGAGAUAUUUUCAAGAGGAAAAGAUGGCAGAGGCAUUUUUACUCUGCCACCUUGAAACCAGGCGUUUCCUUCCCAUGACCUCACUCUCCUGAUUUCCACCUACCCCUCCCCUAUCACUACUGAGUUCUACUUGCCUCAGCCCUAGUCUGUCAUCAUCUCACACAGCAGUUUAUCCAGAUGAUUUCAGUCAGGAUUCUGGCUUUGCCCACCUCUCCACCUUCACGAAGCAGCAUACACACCCUCGUUUAAGCUUCAGCCUAACUGGUAUUAUUUUAGGUCUUUGAUGCCAGCAGAGUCUUUACACAUGCUGGCAUUUGCAUGAUGAAAAGUCAGUGAACACAGUGAGAGAUUCAUUACUACAAGGGAACUGCUGAAAAUAGAUAUGUUAAGAAUGAUGGGAGCCAAGUUUCUCACUGUGAAAGAAAAAAAUAACGGGAAAUAAAAUGAAUUCUGUGAUCUUGGGUUGAAAUUGGAGGUUAUCAGUGCAAAGUCAUAGUUUUUAAUCUACAUAUAGAUAUAGGAAUAUGUAUUAAUGUGUCUGUCUAUAGUAUGUAUUCUCUAGCAAUGCCCAUGAAAGGAUUUGGGAACAAAGAUACCACAAUAGCAAUGAGCAGAUUUAGAGCUCAGAUCUUGUGAGUGCCACCAAAAAAGACCCAGGUCUCCUUGGAAGAACAGGCUGAUUCCAGGACUGAAGCAGGGAAAGUGUCAGAUGACCCUGGAGCAUCUUUUAGGCCAGGAAGUGAAGUGCUCAAAGAAUCAUGGGAUGUGUCAACUGGAAAUGAUUUGAGUAUCACAAUAGAUGAGAGUAACAAAUUAUAACCCAAUGAAUAAAAUUGGAAACCAUAAGUCAUACUGAUAGGAAUAAAUAAAUGAGUGAACUAAAAGUUUGGUGAGGAAUGAGGUUUUCAUAUACUUUCAAAGUCUCUCCCUACAAAAUGCUUAUCACUAACAAAGAGGAAAAGAGUAAUUUUACAGUGGAGCAGCUUGCCAGACAACACCUGAAGUGAUCAAAGUGAACGUGACAAUGUGACAAACAGAAAUUGUGCACAACUUGACAGGUACAUUGUGAAGAGCAUGGAUGCCAAAGAUGCAUAAUCUAAAUCUAAUUACUAGAAAACAGAUAAGUCUGCAUUAAGGAAAUUCUACAAAAUAACUAGCUGUAAUGUUUGUGUCAAGGUCAUGAAAGUCAAGGAGAGACUGAGAAAAUGUUCCAGAAUGAAGCCUGAAGAAAGCAACAAUGAUUCUGAACUGUAUCCUUGUCCUUUAAAGGACAUUACUGGGACAUUAGGCAAAAUAUGAAUAGAAUCUAAGGAUUAGAUAGUAGUAUUCAGCAAUAUUAAUGUCCUGAUUUUGGUGAUUAUAUUGUGGUUAAGUAGAAUGUCCUUGUCUGUAGGAAAUACAAUAAAUAAUUGGGUGUUGGGGCAUGAGGUCCGCAAUAUAGUCUCAAAUGGUUCAGGAAAAAGAACUUUGUACUAUAUAUACAUGUAACUCCUCCAUAAAUUUGUUUCAAAAUAAAUGAAUUAAACUGAUUUUUAAAAAAAUUAACUAGGUUGCACCAGUUAUUCCCAGUGCUCCUGUAGAUUUUGCUGUCAUCAAAAUCCAAACAAAGUAUAUGAGCAAGAACAAUGGCUAGUCAUUUUAAACCACCGGGGACGAACCUGUAAUCCAACAAAGUCAGAUUUAUUGACGCAUUGCAACCAAGGAGACUGCACACUAGAGGAACUGUAGGGUGUCUCACCACACAAUGGAAAAGGUAGAUGUAGGAUUUGUGGGAAAGGUGGAGUUCAGGUAAAAUCUAAAUGAAACAGUUUUAAUAGUCUCAAAGCAGAGCAGUGUAAACAGACAUCAACAUCACACCUGGAGUGAGAAGUGGGUGUAGGGUCAUGUUCCCUUGGAAACCACAAAGUUAAGAGAAUACGUAAUGUUCCUUUCAGGAACCCCUUGUCUGCACCUCUGCACCUGAUUAGAAAUAGAAGCUGCUUCUCGGUGUCAAAAUGUCUUAGAUCCUCCAGGCAAGAGUGGAAUGUUUCAUUCUUACUGAUAAAAUUUCAAAUAGCAACGUUUACAUGGACUUUAAAGAACAAUGUUUCUCCGUGUAAGAAUGUAGUACUCCUCCAAAGACGCGGGUUGUUAUGAUACUUUUUAGUUGCAGUUUGUCCUUAAAAGAAAGUUUCCUGUAAACGUUACAACUGGCUUUAUCUUAUACUGUUACCCAUCCUGAUGAAUGGCUGGGCAGAUUUUUACUUUCUCAGCAGUUACAAAUGAAAAAUACGACUCGGUCUCUCAAACCACAGCUAAUCCUCCUCUCAGGGCCUUGCUGAAGUUAUGGGUUUGCCUGACCAACUUUCUUUCCUCUCAUUUCGGACCUCAAGCCUCCCUUGAUGAACGAGGCCCCUACACCACGGUCUUCGGCAGCUUUCUCCACAUAACCUUUCAAUCAUCCUGCCUUCCCAGGCCACGCUCAGCGCGUGGGGGGCGGUCCCACUCUUUUCAAAUCCUAUUGGGUAAAAUCCACGCCUCUCCGCACUGGGGGCGGGACAAGAGAGAAAGGGCCUUUCCCAGGCGCGAGAAGAUGACGUCACAGUAGCGGAACCGCGACCGCCGGUUGCUUUGGGCUCUGCUAGCUGAGGGUGUCGAGUGAAAACAGUUCCGUCCGCGAUGCCGUCGCCAUGACCAUUUGUCAGUUCUUCCUUCAAGGUCGGUGUCGCUUCGGAGAUCGGUGCUGGAACGAACAUCCCGGCGCCAGGGGUACGGGCGAAGGACGGCAGCAGCAGCUCUCAGGUAGUAACAGACGAGGAUGGAAUACCACCAGCGAGAGAUAUUCCAGUGUUAUCCAGCCAUCCAGUUUCUCCAAAUCCACACCAUGGGGGGGCAGCAGAGAUCAAGAAAAGCCAUCUUUUGCUUCUUUUGAUUCUGGAGCACCAGCUAGCAGGAACAGGGGAUUUGGCUUGUCUCAGAACUCAUUUACUUCACCUAGCUCUGAUGGGCAGAAAGAUGAGAAGAAACUUCUGGAAGGAAUUGUAAAAGAUAUGGAGGUUUGGGAGUCAUCAGGGCAGUGGAUGUUUUCUGUUUAUUCACCAGUGAAAAAGAAACCUAAUAUUUCAGGUUUUACAGAUAUUUCACCAGAGGAGUUGAGACUUGAAUACCAUAACUUCUUAACCAGCAGUAACUUACAGAGUUAUCUACAUUCCAUCCAACAGUUAAUAAAUCAGUGGAGAAACAGGGUAAAUGAACUGAAAAGUCUAAAUACAUCAACUACAAUAGCUUUGCUCUCUGAUAUAAAGGGUGGAGUAAAUCAAGCAGCACCUGCAUUUGGAUUUGGCAGUAGGCCAUCAGUAACAUUUGCGUCACCAGGUUUUCCAGUGAAUAACAACAGCAGCAUUAAUGCUCAGAAUUUUAGUUUUAAACCAAGCUCUGGAUUUGCUUCUGCCCCUUCUGGAAGCCCUUCUGUGUUUGGGAAUACUCCAGCAUUUGGAGCUGUACCCUCCGCCAAUUCUGCCAUCACUGCUUCUACUCCAGCUUUUGGACUUGGGAAACCCCAAAUCACAUCUGCUGCUUCAUUUUCAUUUAAAAGCCCUGCAGCUUCUGGUUUUGGAUCAUCCGGAUUUUCAGGAUUUCCAGCUUCUGUGGCAGCAGGCCCUGUUGGAGCUCCAGAGGCCCCAGCCUUUGGAAGUGGCAGUUCUUCGGCUGGUUUUGGUAGUCCAGGCUCACAGUCUCACACUGCUUUUUCCAAGUCAUCCAGUGACACCUUUGGAAACAGCAACAUAUCCACCUCUCUCUCAUUCUCAAAUGGCAGCACCACAACAGAUAAUGUAUUAUUCACACCCAGGAAUCAACUAACAGCAGAAGAACUGGAACAAUUUCAAUCCAAGAAAUUUACUCUGGGAAAAAUUCCAUUAAAGCCACCUCCUGUGGAACUUCUAAAUAUUUAAAUGAGUAAUUUUAAAUACAGAAAAGAACAGCUUUUAAAA